CAAGGCCAGAUCUCCCCAAUGACUAACCCCUCCCACUUCCUGAUCAAAUAAAAGGCUGUCUGCACCUUCAGCUAGUAGCAGAAAUCUCUUUUCUUAGUUCUUGUUAAGCCACUGAGUUAGAUUGAACAUACAAAAAUCAUCGAGAUGAUUCCUGCCGUCACACUCUACAAUGGAGCCAAGAUGCCCAUAGUUGGCCUGGGAACCUGGAGGGCCGAACCAGGGAAGGUUACUGAGUCUGUGAAGGUGGCCAUAAGCAGCGGCUACAGGCACAUAGACGGCGCCUUCGUGUAUGAGAACGAAGAAGAAGUCGGGGCCGGCGUUCACGCUAUGAUUGAACAAGGAGUGGUAAAAAGAGAGGAUUUAUUCAUCGUCAGUAAGUUGUGGUGCACCUUCCACGUUCCGUCCCUGGUGAGGGGAGCGUGUGAGAAAACUCUCAAAGACCUGAAGCUGGACUACGUGGACCUUUACCUUAUGCAUUUCCCAGUAGGGAUGCAGUCAGGGGAAAAGAUCUUUCCAUCAGAUGAGAACAAUGAAAUAAUUUGUGACGACAGCUGCUUCUUGGACACAUGGGAGGCAAUGGAGAAGCUGGUGGAUGAUGGUCUGGUCAAAGCCAUCGGCGUCUCCAACUUCAACAAAGACCAGAUCGAAGCCAUUCUCAACAAGCCUGGCCUCAAAUACAAGCCAGCCAAUAACCAGAUCGAGUGUCACCCAUAUCUAACCCAAGAAAAAAUGAUCAACUACUGCCACUCAAAGGGCAUCACGGUCACAGCUUUCAGCCCUCUGGGCUCUCCAGACAGACCCUGGGCUUCCUCUGAUGACCCCCGUCUUCUAGAGGAUGCAACCAUCCUGGCUAUUGCUAAACAGUACAACAAGACUCCAGCGCAGGUUCUCAUGCGGUUCCACACACAGAGGAACGUGGUAGUCAUUGCCAAGUCAGCAACGCCGAGUCGGAUUAAGGAGAACUUCCAGUUGUUUGACUUCGAGCUAAGCCAAGGGGACAUGAAGACAAUCCUGGGCUUGAACAAGAACUGGAGAGGAUUCCCGGCAAAGUGGGCUGUAAAGCAUAAAGACUACCCCUUCAAUACAGAAUACUAGCCAAUGCAGCACUAUUUCUGUUUGGAUAUUUCUUUGCUAAACCAAAUAAACAUUGGAUUUAAUUAAA